AUCUUGCAUAAGGGUUGUAAUGAGUUGAAAAUUUUUGAGGAACCCGAAAGAAAUGUUGAUAAUAAUUAUGUGGAAGAAUUGAGAAACGAAGAUUUGUCAUUUCUGAUUGUUGAGGAUAAUUCAAUCAAUGCCAUGAUUCUAAAGAAGAUGUUAACACAAGCUGGACAUAAUAAUUAUGAUGUCGCAGUUAAUGGCCGUGAAGCGGUUGAAAAGUUUUACGAGAAAUUUUAUGAUAUCAUAUUUAUGGACCUUCAAAUGCCGAUAUGUGAUGGG